CGUCAGGUCGAUCAUCUGGCUGAGUGCUGACACGUGCUUCUGUUUACUUCAUUUGGUGCGAGUUGUUUUGUUCGGUUUGCGUUCAAUCUCUAUUUUAUUAAUACAAAAAUACAAAAAUGGGAGGAAACUCGAGAAAAUUUAAAAAAGCUGAAAAAAGUAAAAUCAAAUUGAAAAGUGCUCUUAAAGGCGCCAAGCUACCGAAAGGUACCAAUGUCACAAAGACUAAUUUCAAAGUGCGGAAGAUUGUAAUCCCGGAUCAGAUUAAGCAACGGAACCUAACGGAUGCCAAUGUCUUGUCUAGCCGUAGUUUGACCGUUAAGGACUGCCUCGCAAAAUUGAAGCACACAAAUUCAACAGCCAAGUGCGACGGCCUCCGUGGUAUACGGGAAAUCCUCGCCAAACUACCUACGGAAGUCACAGACAAUCACUUAAGCACGGCUAUCAAGUCGAUCGCCAGCAUCUCCAUCGAUAUAGAACGGGAUGUGCGUAGAGAUUGCUACAAAACACUGGGAGUGCUAUUCGCCGCCGCCGGACAGGAUAAUGUACAUCCGUUCUUCGACGUUCUGUUGUCCUUCCUGCGGUGCGCAAUGACUCACAUCCAGCCGAGGAUUCAGGAAGAUUCGUUACUAUUGUUGGACACCUAUCUGCAGCAUUUGCCGCAGCUUAUUCUGUUGAAUAGGGACAAAAUUUUCCCGCAAUUCCUGGACAUGAUAUCUAAGUUGCGUAGCGAAUCAAAACCGGAACGGACGUUGACGUUGAGCCUGAAUAAGCAAUCAACAAAUACCAAGUGGCGAACGCGCGUGCUGAUGCGUUUGAUUGGUAUGCUGCGGAUAUUGAUUGAUAGUAAGAAAAGUCAAGGAGUGGAGGCGACGGUUGAGAACGAACCCAUGGAAACCGACGAUAAAGAUAAUCCCUUUACCACUAAAUCGAUCCACGUAUCGGCUAUUGCUCAACCCAUCAACAACGUCUUCGACUACCGAGAACAGCUGCACUUCCCCCUGGUUCGCCAUCGUCUGUACCAGCCCUGUCAAUUGACCUGCCUGUUCCGAAAGUCCAUCGGUGAAGGCAAACUGUCGCUGUCCGACCAGAUCGACGAAGGACGCAAGCUGAAAACCUACGUGCAAAUGUUGAUGCCAUUGCUGUUCGAGUCGUGGCUCGAAGUCCGUCCCACGUCCGCUGGUGGCGAAACGAUCGAACACGUGCUGUCUCAUGAGGGGGCCACCACUUUGGGCCUUCUGUUGGAUAUUGCUAUCCAACUUUGGGAGCUGAUCGUAAUUUACGGCCAGGAGACGAACAACGUCGAUAUGACCCGCUGGUUCCGGGAGCAAUACUCUGAAGAUUUCUGUAAUCAUAUCUUGAAGGGUUUCCCGUUUUAUCAGAGUCCGGGAUCAACAGGUGGGAAGGGUCGUAACGCAGCUCAAAUGCCAGACGAUCCAAAGGAACGGAAUGUCGACGAGAAGUGUUAUCAGCAGAACUUCAACAUUUGCUAUUUGUAUUGCUGCUUGAACGAGAACUUCCGUUCAGACCAUAGCAAGAACUAUGACAAAGUCGUCAACUAUGUGGAAAGGUGCGUCAACAACUGGAAAUUCCGUUCGCCAGAGGUGAACUCUCUUCUGCUUAAGGUUUUGCGUUACAUGUUACUUGAAACGGACCACGCCUCGGUAAAUAAGAAUACAAGAGGACUGUUGAAAACAUUGCUAGAGGUCUACAUACAAGCGAAAUUACCUCAGGAUACGCGAAAUCGAAUUCUGAUCCUUUUCUGCGACAUUAUUGUUCUAAACGAUCGUCUCUGGAGAGAGUACGGGCAAGAAAUCUUCACGCUUUGGUUACGAAUGCUUCCGAAUUUGCUCAAGAAGAAAGUUAUAGAUUUCAAUGUGCUGAAGGCAUUACUCUGCUUGGCCAAACAGAAGAACACAAUUUUUCUGCACAGCUUGGAGGAGAACGUAGAGGACAUCGUGGCUAAUGUUGGCGCUAUUAAGAUGUUGAACGAGGAGUACCAGAACGAGGGCUUGGUUUUGCUAAUCAAUUUGCUAUUUUGGAUUAGCAAAAGGGACACGUUGGAGAAGCUUUUGCAACCUGAACGAAUCAAUUUGAUGAAAAUUGACGCUGACAUUAAAGCUUACUUUAAAAGCACACUCGAGACACGAUUAGCUAAUUUGUAAAAUUAAAUCCUAUCAAAACUAU